AUGUCUUAUAAAGAGUGUGAUGCAAUUAAUGAGAUUGAUAAUUAUUUUGUUGAUGUUCCUAACAACUCGAGAAAAGAUGGUUCUGGGGAUUUAUUAAAUGUGUAUUGCCCUAAUAAGAACUGUAGUAAUGAUGAAGAAAAGAUUAUCUCUGGUUUUAUAAUGUUACUAAAAAUGGUUGAUAAUGAAAAUAUAAAUAGUGAAAAACUUGUUGAAUUCGCUAUUUUAUGGUUAAGUUAUAAACUAAAUAAAAAAAAAGAAAUUGGAACCACCAGAUUAUACGAUUUUUAUACUGAAAAUAUAGAAAAAAAUAGUUGUUAUAAGGGGAAUAUACCUACUGAUAGUAAUAGUAAUAUUAAUAAGGAUGUUAUAGAAAAUAAAAUAAGAUCGAUGGAUAUUGAUAUUAAAGAUAUAUCUAAUUUUUAUGAUGCAUUUAAAUCAUUAUGUAACAUGUAUAGUGAAAUUAAUGCAGAAAAUAAUACUGAAUGCAAAACAUGUUUAGAAAAUGCUGGAGAAUUUUUUGAAAAAUGUGAAAAAGUUAAAAAUGUUUUUGAUAUUACUAAAGGAAGUUCUUAUUUACAACUAUGGUCUAGUUUAUCAAAUGAUUAUAAAAAUUUUGAAAAUAAUUAUAAUAGUAAUUGGUGUGAUAAUGUCCCAUCAGUUGUAGCUUGUCCACGAAGUUCAAUAACAAAAAAUACACUAAUUACAAUUGCAAUUAUAUUUGUUGCAUCAUCAAUUUUAUUGGGAGUUUCUUAUAAGUAUUCGUUAUUUGGAUUUCGGAAACGAUCUCAAAAACAACAUUUAAGAGAAAUGCUAAAAAAAUAA